CCGCACCCCAAGCAUUUUGAUCGGGACGGUACCGGUACGGGAGUCCGCCAAUUUCCGGCGCGCGGGAAAAUUUCCCGCACUCGCGCUCGAGCCUCGCCCGCUAUAAGAAAGAAUCGCACCACCACGGUCUCCUGCUCCACUUCCCCCACUUCCGCCGCCUCCCACCGAAUGGGCCGUAAGAGGAGGGCUAGGGUUUCCUGCGACAGCGACGGCGACGACGUCGAGAUGAACGGCGAUGAGCCCGCCCCCGCCGCCGCGGAGAGCAAGAGCCUCUACGAGAUAUUAGGGGUUGAGAGCACAGCUUCACAACAGGAGAUAAAAAAGGCAUAUCACAAGUUGGCCUUGCGUCUUCACCCAGAUAAGAAUCCUGGAGAUGAGGAAGCCAACGAAAAAUUUCAGCAGCUGCAGAAGGUGAUAUCUAUUCUUGGAGACCAGGAGAAAAGGGCAUUGUAUGAUGAGACUGGAAUUACUGAUGAUGAUGCACUGGUUGGAGAAGCUGCAGACAAUCUCCAAGCGUACUUCAGAACAGUGUACAGAAAGGUCACAGAGGCUGACAUUGAAGAAUUUGAAGCUAAGUACAGAGGGUCAGACUCUGAGAAAAAGGAUUUAAAGGAACUGUACACAAAAUUUAAGGGCAACAUGAACAGACUUUUCUGCUCUAUGAUUUGCUCAGAUGCCAAGCUUGAUUCUCACCGCUUCAAAGAUAUAAUUGAUCAGGCAAUUGCUGAAGGCGAGCUGAAGUCCACCAAAGUGUAUGCGAAAUGGGCUAAAAAGAUUUCUGAGAUAGAACCACCCACAAACCCAUUGGAGAGGAGAGUGAAGAAAAAGAAGAGCCAGGAGAGCGACCUCAUCCUGGCGAUCUCGCAGCGCAGGGAACAGAGGAAGGAGCGGUUUGACUCUGUUCUGUCAUCUAUAAUGUCCAAGUGUGACGACAACAAGGCGGGCAGCUCAGAGCCCACGGAGGAGGAGUUUGAGCGCGCUCGGCAGAGGCUUGAGAAGAAGCGCACCAAGGGGCGCAAAUGAUAUGAAUCUUGACAUGCAUGCGCAAAUGAUAUGAAUCUUGACAUGCAUGCAGGCCCUUCGAGAAAAAAUGGGUGUUGAGUGGACUGGAGUGGAGGGGUUGUGUCGCAACUCUAGUGUCGCUUUGUUUUAUGAGUGGGCGUGUGUAAGUAACUGAAUGCAAGUGUGGUGUGGUUUUAGAUGUGAACAACUGUGGAAAUGUCCUGUCCCAUGAAUGAAAUGAAAUCCUCGGCAUGCCGGCAUGGCCAGGUGAUAGUCUGUUUAA